AUGGCAGAAGUAGAGGCUACCCACGCCGUUCCCGCCCCACCGGAAGAUCGAGACGAGGAGAACGUGGUGGUUGACCCGGCUGUCUGUGUAUACUGCAUCAGUGACAUCAAGUGUAGAAGGUAUCAUGCCUAUAAAGAAGGACGAUAUCUCUUCCCCAAUGAUGAGCGGGAAAAUGACAGACUCGACAUGCAUCAUGCCCUCAUUCGGGUCGUUAUGAAGGAUAGGUUGUUCUUCUCCCCUAUCGGAGAUUCCCCAGGUAGAGUCAUUGAUCUCUGUACCGGGACUGGCAUCUGGGCAAUUGAAUUUGCCGAUUUGUUUCCAUCUGCCGAGUUUUUGGUGUCUCGAUUGCAUUCUAACAAGUGCAGGGUUCCUCCGAAUGUUAAGUUCAUAAUCGAUGAUGUCGAAGACGAAUGGGGUUAUGAGAACGAUCCAUUCGACUUUAUCCACGCUCGAUACCUUACCGGUACUUUAAAAAACAUGCCACGUUUGCUAGAGCAGUCAUUUGCCUGCCUCAAACCUGGCGGAUGGGCCGAGUUCCAAGACUGGGAUGCGAUGGUGCAAUCUGCGGACGAUUCAACAAAAGACACCAGUAUCGAGCAGUAUUUCCUCAACACCCUUCCUGCCUUUGAGAGCGCUGGUUACAGCACUCGACCGGGAAGAUAUCUCGAGAAAUGGAUGAAGGAUGCCGGAUUCGUUAACAUUCAGGUUCACAAGCACAUCGUCCCACUCGGAACGUGGGCGAAGGACAAACGCUAUAAAACAAUCGGUGCCUACAACCUCCUCCAGUUCGAAGAAUCUCUGGAAGCGAGUGCUGUGGCUGCAUUGACCCGUUUCCAAAAUUGGUCAAAGACAGAAGUCGACAUAUUGAUUGCGAAGACGAAGCAGGAUGCAAGGAACCCGAAGAUUCAUCCCAUAUUCCACUUCUACGUUGUUUUUGGCCAGAAACCUGGGAAGCCAAAUACUGACUGA